UGGAGAAUAGUUUUGGAAAUAAAAUUGUCUUUUCUCAAAGCCUCAGCUGCUGCACGGGCCUUUGCGACCUUUUCUUUGUUUUUUUGUUCCUCUUCCAUGUGAAGUUUUUGUGCUUUGAAUGGAUCUUCCAUAUAAAGCCAUUGUCGAUUUUUCUCCAAGUCUAGUUUCUUCUUAUCCUGUAAGUCAGCCCAAAUCUUUCGAUGUUCGGGUGGAAAAACAUGUUGCAUUGAUUUGUGAGAAAGAAUACGAUGAAGAGCAUAAACGGCGCCAACAUUUCUGGCCUCUAGGGGAGUGUCCUUGGCUGGUAAUGUUUCAGAAGCAAUCAAGUUUCGUUCCGGUAAAAGGGUAACUUUUUCAGAAGCCAUUGAGCUUUUAGAUACUCGUCUGGACAAUGUUAUUGAAAUUACAAUGAACUUGCCUUCCUUGUUUGGCUUUACGUAAAUAUCUGAUUUGUCCCAUUUUUGCCUUUGACAAUACUCAUUCAAUAAUACGGCUGGGAUCUUUCCUGUCCAAGAUGAACCUGCAACAACUUGUUUAGCUGUAGGACGAUUGGGAAGAGUAUUUUGCUGCUCUAAGUAUUUCUUUCCACCCUUCCUUCCAACAUCACUUUUCCCGUUGUUUUUAGCAUCCUCCUUCACGUUUUUUGCCGUUUUUUCGUUUUGUUUUUUUGACUUGGAUUUUGGAGCCAUGAAUGGAAUGGUGUUGGCAACAAAACAGAAUUAUAAAAUAAGAACAAUUAAAAGGAGAUGUGUAUUAAAAUAAUUAAUUGUUACCUGUUGUGAUACGAAUGUUUCAAAGGCAUUGAUGAACUUAUAAAAUGAAAUGAAUUUUGUCUUAAGAAUCUCAGUACAGAUGCAGAAUAAGUUUCUUCAGUUAAAUUUACAUUUAUUGACAUACUUAUAUAAUAAUCAUGCACCAGCUUAGAGGAUAAAUGAAAUAGAAAAUCAAAGUAAAGAAACAAUAAUUAGUAAAACUAAGAUAAAACAAUGAAUAAAAAUACAGAAAAAUCAAUAAUAAAACAAAAAAAAAAAAAAAAAAAAAAAAAAAAAAAGGCGAAAACUGGCUAACGAGUUCAAAACAAUCAAAUUAGGCCAGUACCAUAAAUACAAAGAAUUAUUUCCUUUCUUACCAUCGUAUUUGUGUGAUUAUUACUACGGCAAACUUACCAAGAGCGCACACCAUAAAACCACAAUGGCAAGAGGAAAACGUGGCUCUCAAAGAGAUUCCGAAUUAGAGCUCGGAACUCCUGGCUCAGAUGAUGAAUUCGCAGUGAAACCUGUUUCUCGAAAGGCUAAAGGAAAGAACAAGGGUGCGAAAAAGCCCAUUGAUUUUGAUGAUGGGGAAAUUGACACAAGUCGUGAUGCAUCCCCUGCGUCUACUGCUACCUCUAGCACCUCGAAGAAAGCUAAGGGAAGAAGAGCAAGACGCGGCCAAUCUGCUCCUUCGUUCAGUGCUUUGAGCGACAACGAAACCGCUGAACCUGAGGAGUCUGAGCCUGAAGAGGAGGAGCCUGUCAAUGCCUUCUCCGUUUUUGCAGAUGAAAUGGAUGAGGAAGAAGAGGAGAACGACAGUGAAGAGGAACAAGACAAAAAGAAAAAAAAGAAGAAGGAUAAGCACAAGCAUAAAAAGAAAUCCAAAUCUUCUUCUGAGGACCUAGAUGAGCUCGCCGAUGAUGUCGACAAGCUUGAGCUUGAUGAAGCAGAUGCAGGAAGUGAGGAUGAUAAGAAGAAAAAGAAGAAGAGCAAGAAAUCGAAGAAGGCCUCGUCUGAUGAGCCUAAGAAGGACAGAAAGACCAGAAAGAAGGAGGAGAAGGCUCGCAAGCUCGCUGCCAUGAUGGAGGGCGAGAAGAAGGAAGAGGAGACCAAAACACCCUUGGCUACUGCGAAUGGUCUGCCUAAUGGCCGUCUUAUUUUUGCCUACGCUUCCGGUUCCAAGAUGGCACCCGAUGGAAAGAGCCCCGCUGAUGGUAUUACAAUUACUGGUAACCUUCUUAGUCCCCCUAAUUCUCGUGAUUUGCAAGUUGAGAAACUCUCUGUGUCUGCUUGGGGUAAACUUCUUAUCAAGGAUUCUGAACUUAAUCUCAUCAACGGUCGUAGAUACGGUCUUAUUGCUCCAAAUGGUAGUGGUAAAUCCACACUCCUGCAUGCUAUUGCCUGUGGUUUAGUCCCUACUCCUCCUUCUUUGGAUUAUUAUCUUUUGGAUCGUGAGUAUUUCCCCAACGAACUUACCUGUGUUCAAGCGGUCUUGGACAUUAACGAACAGGAGCGCCUCCAUUUGGAAGAGCAAAUGGAGGAUCUGUUAGAUGACCCUGACAAGAAUGCAGUGGAGUUGGACCACAUCCAAAACCGUUUGGUUGAAUUGGAUGUCGACGACGCCGAGAACAAAAUCUAUAAGAUUCUUAAGGGUCUUCAAUUUACUGAUGAGAUGAUCGCAAAGAAAACUUGCGAACUCAGUGGUGGUUGGAGAAUGCGUAUCGCAUUGGCUCGUAUUUUGUUCAUUAAACCUACACUCAUGAUGCUUGAUGAGCCUACAAAUCAUCUCGACCUGGAAGCCGUUGCUUGGUUGGAAGAGUACUUGACGCAUGAGCUUGAAGGUCAUACUUUGCUUAUCACCUGUCACACACAAGACACCUUGAAUGAGGUCUGUACUGAUAUUAUUCAUCUUUAUCAUCAAGGUCUUGAUUACUACUCCGGUAACUACGAUACCUUCCUUAAGGUUAGAGCUGAGCGUGAUGCCCAACUUGCCAAGAAAGCCCGUCAGCAUGAGAAGGAAAUGGCUAAGCUUCAAGCCAAACUUAAUAUGACUGGUAGUGACCAACAAAAGAAGGCUAAGGCUAAAGUAAAGGCCAUGAACAAGCGUCUUGAUAAGGAUAUCCAAAGCGGAAAGGUAUUGGAUGAAGAAAUUAUUGCUGAGAAGCAGCUGAUUAUUCGUUUUGAAGACUGCGGUGGUGGAAUUCCUUCUCCUGCUAUCAAGUUUCAGGAUGUUUCAUUUGGCUAUCCCAAUGGCCCAAUCUUGUUUGAAAAUCUCAACUUUGGUUUGGAUCUCAAAUCUCGUGUUGCAUUGGUUGGACCUAACGGUGCCGGUAAGACAACACUCAUUAACCUUAUCUUGGAGAAGAUUCAACCUAUAACAGGUAACGUUUCUCGUCACCAUGGACUUCGGCUUGCUCUCUUUAACCAACACAUGGGUGAUCAAUUAGACAUGCGCCUGUCCGCUGUCGAUUGGUUAAGAACUAAGUUUGGCAAUAAGCCCGAAGGUGAAAUGCGCCGCAUUAUUGGUCGUUAUGGUUUAACAGGCAAGAGUCAAGUCAUUCCCAUGGGCCAACUCUCUGAUGGUCAAAGACGCCGUGUCUUGUUUGCUUUCUUGGGUAUGACACAACCUCACAUUCUACUGCUAGAUGAGCCUACCAACGCUCUGGAUAUCGAUACAAUUGAUGCUCUUGCUGAUGCUUUGAAUAACUUUGACGGUGGCGUCGUGUUCAUCACUCACGACUUCCGUCUGAUUGAUCAAGUCGCAGAGGAAAUCUGGAUUGUAAAAAACAAGAAGGUCGAGGCCUUCGAGGGUGAAAUCCGUGACUAUAAGGCCAUGUUGAAGGCAGAGAUUGCUGAAGAACGUGAGGCUGAACGUCAAAAGGAAGCUGAGAAGCGUAAAAAGUGA